UUGUAGUUCAUUGCUCUGUAUGUAGCGAGUGUGAGUUAUACUAGUGGCGCACAGGGGGAAUGUGCUGCACCCACAGAGGCGGCCGGUAGGGAUACACCCGGAAGGAGAGAGACCGGCUGCGUGUGACAGCAGCAGCAGUAGAGGAUGACACGGCUGCCGGCAUAACACUAGUAGAACAACUGCGGGGUGAUUGCCAGGAUGGACUUCCAAGCAGAGCUGCCCUUCCUGGGGCUUAGUGUGGCUGUCUUUUCCAGUCUGCUCAAUGGCUCCACGUUUGUGCUGCAGAAGAAAGGCAUACUGAGAGCCCGCACAAGAGGUGUUUCUUACCUUACAGACUUGAUUUGGUGGGCUGGCACCAUCACAAUGGCUUUGGGGCAGAUUGGAAAUUUCCUAGCAUAUAAUGCUGCUCCAGCUGUACUUGUGACUCCCUUGGGAGCUCUGGGCAUUCCUUUUGGGUCUGUCUUAGCUUCGUAUCUACUGAAAGAAAGGCUCAACUUCCUAGGAAAACUUGGAUGUCUACUAAGCUGCGUGGGCUCUAUUAUUCUGAUUAUCCAUUCCCCGAAGUCUGAAAAUAUAACAUCUCGAGCAGAGUUUGAAGAGAAACUUUCCAACCCAGUAUUCCUCAGUUACCUAUGCGUUGUUCUACUGAUGUUGACGUUGCUGAUAUUUUGGUUAGCACCAGUUUACGGAAAGAAACAUAUCAUGGUUUACAUUGGGGUGUGCUCACUGUUAGGGACUUUCACUGUGCCCUGCACCAAAGGCAUCGGCCUUGUUGCUCAAGAUGCCUUCACCAACAAUCCAAGCAGCACGGGUGCAGCAUCCAUUUUCAUGUGUCUCCUAGCAGUAUUGGGGUGCAGCAUCCUCAUCCAAUUUCGAUAUAUUAACAAGGCAUUAGAAGACUUUGACUCUUGUAUAUUUAGUGCUCUCUAUUACGUGAUAUUCACAACAUCAGUCCUGCUCGCAACAGCAAUACUGUUUCAAGAAUGGACCAAAGUAGGAGCAGUGGACUUCUUGGCUAUAUUGUGUGGUUUCAUCACGGUCUCCACUGGAGUCAUAUUAAUCCAGAUGUUUAAAGAGUUAAACAUUAACUUUCGGGAACUGAACAAGACACUGGAGAAGAAAGAAUGAAAAAGUAAAAAUUGACUGGCCAUUGGCCAUUCCAUGUCAAAGCAACCUAGCUCACUCUUACCUGCUCUGAUAUAUGUGUAUCUGUAUAUGUGUAAUUAUUAGAGAGAGGCUCCCAAUACACAGAAUUGGUAGCACACUUCACCUGCCUUAGUUUUUGUUAUAAAUACAAUUUAUUCAAUCCAGUAAAACAUCAUUCAAGUCAAAUGUGGUUGUAUGGACGUAUUACAACUGACAGCACAUUGAAUAUUACAUCACUAUCAAUGUUUGAUCCAGUGACACCAUUAUAAGUGAAACUAGUAAGGUUUCAAUAUGGAAAAUAUACAACUAAGAUGCUAUUUAUAUUGGACUAGUCCUGGAACAAACACUAUUCAGAGAUUGUCUAAUAUUAUUUACUUUUUAAAAAAAUGUAUUAUUAUUUAAUACCAGCAAAGAUACCAAAUGAAGCUUUAAUAGAAUGUAAGUAGUUAUGUUGAUUUGCAUUUCUUUUAAAACUUCCACUCUCCAAUAACAAACAGGCCUAAAAAAAAUGAUAAUAUUUUAUUAAACAUUCACUGUGCAGAGCAGGUUGCAAAUGAUUAUUGACAUGGAAUGAGCAAUACUGGAUGUAUAUAAUUUGUACUGUAAAAUUCAGAUGCCUAUCCUGGUAUACAAUCUGCUAUAUGAAUAAGGCUUAAAGGACAGGUUUUCCCACUGUAAUAUAUUUGUCCUAAUAAGCUCUGUUUGCACUCAGGUAACACAUGUAAAGCUACUCUGUAUUAACACUUUUCGUUGUCUUCUCUUAUUAAUAUGUGGUAUCCCAAACCGUUACUACAGGAGAAAAUGGAAAACUGUGAACAUUUAAAUAGGACAAAGGUACCUGAAAAUUGCAUUGGACUGUGGAUAACCCAGAAAUGAUAAAUUAAAUUAUGUUAAUUCAGUAUGACAGGUAAACAGAACUAUUUAUUUAAAUUACUGUGGUAUAGGAGUGCACUUUUAAUAAAUAGGAUAUUUGUGUGUAAUGUUGUAUUGUACAUUCGGAGAAGGAGAGUGAAUUGCAUCCACUUAGCUUGCUGGCAAAUCAGGAGGGCUGAUCUGCAACUGCAUCCUGGCAUGUCAUAAAACACAUAAUCCUCCAAUAUAUAUAUAAAAUACCAUAUGGAAUCUUUUUCUACUUCAUCUCUUUAUCAGAGCACUCCAUUAUCCUCAUAAUAAGGGAUAAUUUAAAUGUAAAAAAAAAAAUCAUAACCUCAAAAUAUCAUGUUUUAGUAUUUAACAAGAGUGACAGUGUGACUUUUGUUUUUCAGAAGCAGUUGCCUCUGUCUAGAAUAGUCAGGGGUGACUGUUUUUUUCCUGUUGAAUAUGUCUGAAUUAGUAAAACAAUUUUGUGUCAUCAUAAAAAACCUUUAACUGAUGUUUUAGGCACACACUGACCAUAUUGAAAAAUAACGCCACCUCAAAAUAUUCAUUGAUGCAGGGGCGGAUGAAGAUUAGGUUCAGUGAGGUAAUUACAUUUGGCCUUAGGUUGUGGAAGGACUUGGUUAUAAAAAUGAAGAAAAAGAAAAAAAUCUGCGCAACAGAUCCGUGACUAGACAUUUUGGUGCCCUGUGCAAGAAAGAGAAUUGGUGUCCCCCUCACCAUAUUUAAAAAAGGACAGCGUGUGCCUAAAUAUAAGGGCGUGGCAGCAUGGGGAAGGGACGUGGCCACAGAAUAGUACCAAUUAAAAUUACACCACACAGUAGUGUCCAUUAUUCACAUUAUACUGCACAAUAAAGAACCCCUUAUACACGUUAUUCCAGGAAGAGCUCCUUAUACAUGUUAUGCCAGAUAGAGCCCCUUAAGAUCAUUAUGCCAGGUAGAGCCCCUUAAGCUCAUUAUGCCAGGUAGAGCCCCUUAUACACAUCAUUCCGAGAGAGAGAGUGUGUGUGCAUUGUUUCUCACUUACAGCAUCUUCCUCCACAGGCAGCGCUGCAGCACACUGGGUCUCACCUGCUCCUCAACCCGGUAACAUACAUACGUCACAUCCUAGCCAGAGGAGGAGCGCACCACACAUGCUGGGAGGGGGAAGGACUGCACCACACAUGCCGGGGGGAGACUGGCACCACACACCGGUAAACACACUAACCGAACAGCGCUGCCUACUCUCACAUAGCGACCAGCGCUUGAGCUGCCAUCUUGGUGCACCCGCUUUAAAACUGCGAUAUGUGCAAGGUACCUUCUGCCCUACCCUAGCAACGGCCCUGCUGUCUAAUGCAAUAUAGCCACCAUUGCUUUGAACUUGUGAAUGGAAACAGAAGAAGCUCCUAACAAAAUGUGUUUAACGUUAAUUUGAUUUUAAUUCUCUUAGCAUGCAUGUUAAUGCCCCUGGUUCUCACUUUUUUAGCGUUCUCUAUUAAGUGACGUUGGUCAAUUAUAUCCAAGGCAGAACAUAUUAGCAUUGCCAUGCUUCACUUAGAUAUAUUGUAUACUGUACAGUAUAUGCAUUGGUUGCAUUGAUGUAGAAUCAAUUAAACCUUAAUGAAUAUAUACAUGAGGAAAAUUAUGUGCAUGCUUUACCAACCUAAUUAUACUGUGUGUCUCUUUUUAUACACACAAGGUUAGAUCUUAUUGAAUGUGCUAUGUGGCUGAAGGGGUGGUGAAGGUAACCCAUAAGCCUGCACUGAUAAUCUCAUUGUAAAGAUAACAUAUAGAACUAAGCUUUAUCUACUUACUGUACAUAUUAAACCACUUCUUUAUACAGUAUUUUUGUAACUGGACAAUAGCAACUUAGCUUUUUAUUGGCUGAAACCAUUAUGUUUUUAGAAGAACAUCAUCAUCAAAGUUUAUUUAUAAGGCACCAAAAGUUUUGUUGCACCAUACAGACAAAAAAUGAAUGGAAUAAAACAAGAGACAUGACGUAAGGUGGGUACACACUUGGCGAUAAAGUAAAAGUCGUUGCUCAUUUUGACCCUUCCUGAGCGCUGUUGUUUAUCGCUAAGUGUGUAUGCCACCGAAGAGCGGCACUGCGGGUCGUUAACGACCCUCGGCCGUGCAUGCAGCUCAAUUUGGACUCAUCGUGCAAAACUGCAUGCUCUGGCCGGACGCGGCAUAAUGUCACUGUACUGCACUGAUAUUAUUAGGGAUAUCGCACAGUGUGUAUGUCCGCUGUCAGGCGGCCUGGUCCAGGAGGGGAAACACUAGGCGACGUCGCUUAUCGACACAUCGCCUAGUGUGUACCCACCUACACAAGGGGAUGCAUAUGAUAUCCUGGCAGAUGAGAUGCUAGCUGUUACUAUACCAACAGCGGAAUCCCGGCAGCGAGUCUGUUCGCCACGCAUCAGGCCUGAUUGGGUCUGUUCCCACUUGGUUGGUGGUGUGGACCCAUCAAUCAAGUGGGAAUAGUGGGCGAGUGUUGGGAAUCCAUUUGUCUGUAAAUGGCUGGCUGUUGGAAUUCCGGCGUCGGUAUCCUGAACGCAAGGAUCCCGACAACCGAUAUAUUGACUGCAUCCCCACACAAGUUACGUGAGCACAGCUGGGCAUCAAAACAGAAUGUUAUACAGUAUAUAUUCUGCGGGCAUGUAGUUAUAAUGUUGACAGUUAUGAUGUCGACAUUGUUGAAUUGUUAACUUUGCCUAUGUUGGGAUAUACAGAAUGUCAAUAUGUUCACAAUGUCAACAUCUUAAGUGCCAACUGUUCUGCACAGACCGGCAGUGGAGGGUUAGUCUACGGGAGGGGAGGUCAGUGUUAGACCCUAGGAUUAGGCUACAGGAGGGGAGGUCAGGGUUAGGCACUAGGGUUACCCUACAGGAGGGGAGGUCGGGGUUAGGCACUAGGGUUACCCUACAGGAGGGGAGGUCAGGGUUAGGCACUAGGGUUACCCUACAGGAGGGGAGGUCAGGGUUAGGCACUAGGGUUUUAGGCUACGGGGGGAGGUUAUGAAUGGCGACAAAAUCUACUACACACUACCGUAAUGGCAUGAAUAUUUUGGUUAAUGUGAUUAUGCCUGGUCUGGAAACCAGUUCUCAGGGUCCAAUGCCGGGUUGCACCCGGGAAGGACCCGUUUCCAAUUCCCAGGUGCGACCCGGCAUUAGCAAUCUGAUAGCGGUAUUAGUGACUCACAGUGAUCUGUUUUCUGUCCUAUACUGAACUCAAAUUGCCUAUCUGGAGAUUAGUGAAGGAGUGGAAAAGAAGCCCAAUGGAGAAUGUGUGUAGUAAUGACACUAGCCACCAGAGAAUGUAUUGUACAGUGGCCUACCAAAGACUUCCUCUGUAAAACACAUUUGGCCACCACAGACUGGGCAAUAUAUUUUACAGUGAGUUGUCGGGAACUGGUCUUUACUCUGUGUAGACCACUAGUGCAUGAGGUCUGCAUUCUUCAGUAGGCACCAAGGAAUCGUUUUUGUAGUGUACACUUGUCUAUCAGCAGGGAUGCCAUCAAAUAGUUUACCAUCAAUGUUCUCCAUUGAUGAUGCCAUUUGUACUUUACAUUAAUGGUUGGAAACCAUCAAUGGAAAACCAUUAAUGGGCAUCACUACUAUUGGGCACAUGAAUGCAGCAGGUAACAAACCAUUGAUGGUUGCUAACUAUUGAUGGGACUGAUCACCAGUGACUGGAUUCUGUUACACAGGGUAUGAUUCAGGGAUUGAUGCAAAUAAAACUGUUUUACUUCUGUGCAUGCACUCUAGUUGCAUGGCACAUGUGACUCAAUGGUUACUGCCAGGAGGCACAUCAGAAUUGCAUAGAGAUCACUUGGAAUUUCCACCACCAAUUCCCUGUGAAUGCUGUCCGUUUCAAUACCCAAGCAAACCCACAACUUAGUACAGUAUAUCUUUUAAAUAAAGUAUUUUUAUUAUUACAGAAAGAAAUCGUACAUUACAGAUCAACAUCACAUGCUAUAAAGAAGACAUGUCAUAACGAUAGAAUACAAUGCACAGUAUUAAGAUUGUAUCAUAAUUUAUUAAUAUUCAUAUAUUCAGAUAAAAGCACCCAAUCUAAUAUUGUGUACAUUGAAAUAAGUACAAUAAAGAAUAUGUUGUGCAUAUAAA